ACCAGAGGAUAUUUUUUCCAUUGCUUUUCAGAAAGGGAGGGAGGGAGGGAGGGAGACUGAUUGGCUACCUCCCACACUUGUCCGACUGGGGCCAGGGAUGGAGCCUGCAACCAAGGUACAUGCCAUUGGCCAGAAUCAAAUCCGGGACCCUUUAGUCCACAGGCUGACGCACUAACCACUGAGCCAAACUCGCCAGGUUGAUAAUAACUAUAUGAAGGAUCUGGUCCAUUCCAAAUUUCAAUGGAAGUAUGUCAUUAACCUUUGCAGACAGGAUUUUCCAAUCAAAACCAACAAAGAAAUCAUACACUACAUCAGAAGUAAGUGGAAUGACAAAAAUAUCAGUCCUGGAGUAAUCCAACCAGCAAACAUUAAAUCCACAACAAGCCCAAAUCAUCCUGGAUCCACCCCUGAAGGAAAUAUCUACGCAUCUCCAAACAAAGGAUUCAAAGAAGAACCCCAUAACGUAACAAUUUAUCUUGGAAGCCCUUGCUUUGUACUAACAAGGAAGUUUGUACAGCUUGUAUUGACUGACAUCCAUGCAAGAGACAUGCUUGAGUGGUACAAAGAUAUCCACAGCCCCAAGCGGCACUACUGGGUGACCUUGAACCAAUUGGAAGACGCCCCGGGAGCCACGCCGAACGCAGGCUGAAAAGGCAACGUUUGAGCCACUCGGUGGAGGAAAGAGGAGGAAAAUGUCCAUGAUGGAUGUAAAGGUAAACACAGGGAUAAACCAAAAAAAAAAAAAGCCUUCAAAUUUUACAAAAACUAGACAACCACUGCCUAGGUAACGGAGGGUGAAGACCAACACUCACAUUUAAAGUAAGCUGGGAUUAGUGGUGAUCCAAUUGGCAUGGUGUCAAUUUUUAAAAAUUAUUUAUUUAAGUAUAAGAUCCAUCCAGAAAAGUGCACAAAUCUUAAGUAUUGGGGUUGAUAAAGGUUCCCAAAGUGAACAUGCAACAGGGCUGCAACUCUUAAAGUUUUAGGAUGAAAGUACCUAAGCUAUCGGCAUUUUCCACCUGCUCCUAGAAUUCAAACUCAAACAUCAAUUAGAAAUGAGCUGUGUCUCCCUGGGUCUCUCUGUUAAAACAGAAACUGAACAAGACGGGCAUCUGCUCUGGAGUGGGGUCAGCCAACACCACCUGCAGGCUCCCUGCUGCUGCUUCUAUGAAUGAAGUUUCAUUGAACACAGCCAUGCCCACUCGCUGUACAGUUUAGGACAAGGAAGGGCAGAAUCGCAGUUACCUGGCCUUUACAGGAAGGUUGCCAUGCAACAAACUUCACAUCUGUACCUGUUCUGCCUGCGCGUUCCUUAAAAGAAACUGGAAAUAUUUUUAUUAUAGAUUAAAAUGUUGCAAAGGUGUCUUUUCCAACCUACUAUACAUUGUGUAUGUGCUGUGACUAGUUUUUCAUUGACAUCUUGCAGCCACAGAUUUAAUUUAGCUCAUUCAGUUCAUGGGCAACCUCUGUCAUUCUGUCUAACUGGCAAAGGCAGUCCUCAUGGCCAAGCCCAUCAAGCCGAAGACUGACUUUUCCUCUGAAAAAUCAGACAUUUUAAGAUUCAAAUGUUUUAAUAUGCAUCCCUGUAGCAAACUUCUUGCAAUGAAACCUUAAUUUUAAGGUCCUUAGAUAAGGCACAGAGCACUCCGGCCCCCGAGGUGUUUCUUAAGUAGUUCCUGCUGAAAGGAAAGAGAGGAGG